CCGAAGCAGCAGCAGCAACUAUACUACCAUCAAUAGAAACAACAACAAAUAUGCUAACGGACAUGACUCCGACGGCCGGACAGCUGUACGGCUCUCAGAUUCCGGCCAUGGGCAUGAACAUCACAAAUAUUGCCACACACUUGCAGAAGCCACAAGUUAAUCCGGACCAUCCCAGUUUGAGAGGCACCCCCCUGGCCAUGCUCGCCGCCCAGUGCAACAAGCUCUCCAACAAAUCCCCGCCCCCCUUGGCCGAUGCCGCUGUGGGCAAGGGCUUCCACCCAUGGAAGAAGAGUCCCAACUCCCCGGCGGCAGGCAGCAGUGGCUCCGGCGGGGGUGGAGGCGGUGGCAGCAGCGCCGGCCAGCACUCACCGUGCGCCAUUUCGGCGGCCAGCUCGUCCAGCUCCAGCGGCUCUUCGCGGAGCGGUCUCUCCGCCAGCGCCAGUACCAUGGUGAACAUCACAGCUAGCAUCUAUCCUUACAGUCGCCCCCUGGCCUCCUCCUCGUCCUGUGCGGCGGUGGGCGGGGGCUCCAGUUCCGGUUCCGGCUCCGGCUCGGGGUCCUCCUCAUCCGGCUCGUCCGCAUCGGCGGCAGCAGCGGCGGCGGCCUACGGCAGUGACCUGUACUUCCCGAAUUCCGGCGGUGCCGGUGGCGGCGGUGGAGGCACCUCCUCAAUGGACAACCACCACAUGCACCAGGGACUUCUCGGCAAGGUGGAGGCGGGCACAUUCGGUAGCGUCUACUCCCGCCACCCGUACGAGUGGCCCUUCAACGCAGUGACCCACAAGGACGCCACCAGCGUCAACUCCGGCUGGUGGGACAUGCACAGUGCGGCGGGACCCUGGCUCGAUAUGGGCUCUGCGGCGGGGAUGCACUCCACCAUGGCGAAUUAUGCCAGCGAGAACUACAGCUCGGCGCUUAGCCACUCCCUGCUGGGAUCAGGACAGCAUCUCCUGCAGGACACGUACAAGAGCAUGCUGCCCGGACAGGGCGUUGGUGUGGUAGGCGGUGUAGGUAUGGGCGUGGUCGGCGGUGUGGGCGUGGGCGUCGGUGGCUUCUCGCUGCCGCACAGCUCACCAUCGGCGGCGGCGGCCGCGGCAGCAACAGCAGCAGCCGCUGCCGGUGGUUCACCCCAGGGUGGCUCAGCGUCGACACCGUCGCCGCGUUCCCAGCGACGGUAUGCGGGGCGUGCUACCUGCGAUUGCCCCAAUUGUCAGGAGGCCGAACGGCUUGGACCCGCCGGCGUUCAUCUCCGAAAGAAGAACAUCCAUUCGUGCCACAUACCCGGCUGUGGCAAGGUAUACGGAAAGACGUCACAUCUAAAGGCGCAUCUGCGGUGGCACACCGGCGAGCGUCCCUUCGUGUGCAACUGGCUGUUCUGCGGCAAGCGCUUUACGCGCUCCGACGAGCUGCAGCGCCACCUGCGGACGCACACCGGCGAGAAGCGCUUCGCUUGCCCCGUGUGCAACAAGCGCUUCAUGCGCAGCGACCACCUGGCCAAGCACGUCAAGACGCACAAUGGCACGGCUGGUGGUGGUGGCGGUGGUGGUGGGGGCGGUACAAAGCAUGGCUCCUCCGAUUCCUGUUCUGAUUCGGAGGAGUCAUCCUCCGUAAAUGUAUCGGUUGCCAACCACCAGCAGCCGGUCGAUGUUCAUGUCAACGGGCUGGGCGGCGGGGCCAGUGGCCCACAACAGACGGGCGGGGCCGGUGGCGGCGGGGGUGGCGGCGGUGCCACACCGGGACACGAUCACAAUUCUGGAUCGAGUUCCGGUUCAAGUGGCAGCAGCCAUCCCGGCACCCCGACCUCGUUGCACGCGCACAGUGGCGCCAAUGGCACGUCCAGUGGCAACUCCAGCCUCCUGGGCGGCGGUCUGCACCUGGCCACGUCGCACCAGAUGGUCGCCGCGGGCGGCUCGCCGGUGAUGCUUCACCAGCAACAGCAACAGCAUCAGCAACAACACCAGCAACACCUGCAACAGCAACAUCUCCAACAGCAGCAGCAACACCACCAGCAACAACAGCAGCAACAUCACCAGCAACAUCAUCAGUUCAACCAGCAACAGCACCACCAUCAUAUGCACCACCACACCCACCAUGCACACCACCUGGCCGGAGGAUCACCGGGUCUGGACCCAUCGUCCUUGGUGGAUAUAAAGCCGCCGAUGGUUUGAGGGUCGCUGGGUCCCUUUCUUUUCACCAACUAAGGUCACAAAAGAAAUGGGUACCCAUUAACGAAUACACUUGAAAAAAAAAGAAC